ACCCACCUGAUCGUAUCCCGCGACCAAUGCCUGGGCGGUCAAAGCCAGAAGACACCCCCGUUGCCGUGAAGAACAGGCCAAUAGUGGUGAUGUACUUCGGUGGACGUCUCAUUGAGGAACUUCACUCGAUUUCGCCUCUUACGUAUUGGAAUCGGCCGACUCCGGACAUUCAGUUGUCAUUGCAACUUGGAGACCAGAAUGUCGGGGUUUAAUCCCAAGUUCAAGUUUUCUGUCGCAUUCUCUGUUCUCAAAGGCCUCGAGGAUUUCGCGCUGGAAUGCAUUGUUGAGACUCUCGACAAGUGGUAUCAUCGCUUUUAUGGCCCCCGUCUCACCCCCAUCACAAUCCAGGCAGCAGGCGGCCUCUUUUCAAACCAUGUCAUUCUCCGAUUCUGCGAUCGCGAUCACUUGCUCAUGUGCCUCGAUUGUUACACUGCUGGGGAAAUGAAAUGUGCCGACUCCGUUUACCUUGUUGUAUCGGAUAAGAAUCUCGAGUCGGUCAGAAAAAUGCUUCAAAAGUCUCAUAUCAAUAGAGUACUCAAAGGAAAUCAUGACAAGGAACCAAGGUACCAGGGUACAAGAGCUUGGUCUGAAGGGAAACCGGAAUGUAUAGAUGCGGGCACUUACCCUCCAUCGGACCAAACAUUCCUGCUGGAAGUCCGAUCAUUCGUAAGAGAGUCUUAUGACGCCCUGAAGGAUGUUUUGACGUUCCUGCCUUCGUUGGAACCAUCCACCUUCAGAGGAUCCUGCUACAAUCCUUCACAUACUCUACCAUUUAGCACUGUUACCACUACUGAAAUAGCGCAGUUCGUUGGUGAAGAAAUCUAUGACCUACUCAAUGGAAAGGCACGAGACUGUUCCCCAUUGACAACCGAUGACAAUUGGAGAGUUGACCUAACGCGGCCAACGUUGAACAUUGGUUUGCGGAUACUGGGAGUUCAGCCAGUGUAUAGUGAUAGGUUACUUGGAUCUAUUCGUGCGGCGAAACUCAUACCUCCUGAGCAUGCGCCUCGAGUCACAUCCCAGCCAGACUUUCCUGCCGCGCUUUGCCUUCUCCUCGCCAUCGCCUACCCAGAUUACCAGCAACAGGUCUCGAUUCCGCGCGGUCGGACAUCACUGCGCUGCUCAUCCGCUUAUCUUUUAACACGGCUGCACCCGUUCUUCAACCCGAUCCCUCUACGUCGCUAUUUCCGUGCGCAUCUGGAACCGGGCUCGGUGCUAAUGGAUCCUUUUUCCGGGACUGGAUCAAUUCCAUAUCAGAUGAUCCAACUUGCCACUCAGCAAAGCAUUGGCGUAAUUGUCAUUUGUGCUGACAUUCAGUGGAGCAAUUUGGAGCAGAUUGGCCGUUCAACCGUUCUAAAUGAACAAAUUGUCCAAACUGAAAGGCUCCAACCUGUUCAAUGGGAUUCAAGUGGUGUGGGGGGUGGUUUGAGGGGUUCUGUGGUGGAUGGCAUCGUCUCUGAUCUUCCUUAUGGACAUCGUGAACUGUCGCCUUCCGCUUUGCGUCGCCUGUAUCCCAAAUUUCUUGCGGAGCUUGGCAGAGUGUGUCGUCCCGGUGCCUUUGCUGUCCUUUGUACGGCAGCUGCUCCCUUGUUUCGCAGAUGUCUAUCUCAUCAAUUCAUCUGGCAACCUCUGCACCUGGGGUGGGAGCACGGAUGCACGGAACGAGAAUUUUUUAUUAACGGAAUGAGAACAUGGGUAUUUCUCAUUGAAAGAUUGUAGACAAAGGGUUUAAUGUUGAGAUGGAGUAGAUGCCUGGUAUUGCCCACAUCUGUGUGAUCACAUUAUAACACUACUGUGCUUGGAGUACUCGAAAUCAAAGCAGAACUCCACAUUUUGUUUCAUUUCAGCUGAUUCUCUUACGUUACCUCUGGUAAUAUUUGGCAGCG